UUCGACAUUGACGGCAUCGAUCCCAAGUACGCUCCCAGCACAGGCACCCCAGUGCCCGGUGGUCUGUCUCUGGAGGAGGCCAAGUACAUUUGCAAGACUCUUGGCCAAACAGGCCGGCUAAAAUCUAUGGCGAUCACAGAAGUCAACGCAUCACUCGGCUCGCCUGAAGAUGCAACCACCACAUUGCAUGCUACUCUUGAGAUCAUCAGAAGUGCUCUGCUUCUGGACUAA